AUGUUAUCAUCAAAGCAACAACUUACAGCCGUGCUGCUCCUGGCUGGGCGCGCGCUGGGACUGAACUUUACCAUUUCUAAUGGCCAGAUCUUUACACCUGGUUUUGUGGUGCUGGAUGCCCCUCAACCGAACACACCCCUUGGAGGGGAUGUGACCGCCAAUGGCAAGCUGCCGUUGCCACCGCAUGAUGAAGAUGACGACAACCAGAUCUUCAGUAUCGAGAUGUUCCUCUACAGUUACAUGACAGGUCGCAACCUGACCAUCUCUAAUGGAACGGCGACCGCUAAUAACGCAAGUCUCGGGGAGAUCAUGGCUCAAGAGCCAGGCAGUACGGUUAAGCAUAUUAACUGGGUGUGGCCUGACUGUCUCGUUGGUGACGGAAAGCCUGGAGGAGAUAGUGAUCGCGGUGUUUACAACAUUUCCAUCCGACAAAACUUUAGGCUCAACGGCGAUGACCACUAUACCAUCUUCGACGUUCCAAUCAAUGUCACCAAUUCGAUUCCUGAGGAUGAUGAUCGGCCGUCUUGCGAUGAGCUAUCGAAUGAGAUACUCUCGCCUGAGGAAAUUGACGCAAAGGCAGCUAACGAAGUGGGCGUUUUGUUUGCGCCAGGUGAUUCGACCGAGCUUGAUGCCAGUGGUGAGGAUUCGAAGGGGUCUGCCCUUGGUUCGAAUGUAGCGGUAUAUGCUGGAUUGCUUUCUGACUAUUACCCCAGAUUUCUCAUCCCUGCGAACUACUGCAGCGAGCUGCGAGUUGGUAGCUGUUCGUGGAAAAGAACCUCGGUUUGCAUGCUCCAUCAUGACAACCAUGCAUCAAGCCCAUUUCCCCUCCAUAAGAGAUGCCUAUGCGCAUUGGAGGCGCAAAACUCAAACGCCAUCAUGCCGAUGCACCAAGGACUUAUCCCACGAGAAGGCAUUUGCGCCGACGUUGUACUACGACUCAUUCGUCAGACUGCUCUCAACCCAGCUCUCUUACUUCCUCUCGUGCUGUUCGCUCGCCUCACCAAAAAGGGCCAAGAUCUCUCCAUUCUUCAUCCCAGUGCCCACAGUCACCUCAAAACACUCUUCUACGUUGCUCUGGCGCGAUGGGCAAGCGGAUGGUGGUCCGAUAAGACCAGAAACAACUGGGUUGACGACAAAUAUGACUGGAAGCGCGAAGUUGUGCUCGUAACAGGUGGUGCAGGAGGUAUUGGAGGGCGAAUCGUUAAGCUUUUUGAGGAAAUGGGCGUCAAAGUUGUCGUUCUUGAUGUUCAGCCCAUGUCUUUCGAAGUUUUUCAGGAUCGGAAUAACAGAAGGAGGCUAACUUCAUACCUAAUAGCGGCCAACGUGCACCACUUUCAAUGCGACCUUCGAUCGCCCGAAAACGUCGAGGCCGUCGCCGAAAAGAUCAGGGUUGAGGUUGGACAUCCGACCGUCGUUAUCAACGUGGCUGGAGUUGUCAGGGGCAAAACUAUCUUGGAAUCUCAGCCAAGCGAUAUUCGCUUCACUUUUGACGUCAAUACCUUUGCUCAGUUCUGGAUAGCAAAGACAUUUGUUCCUGAUAUGGUCGCUAACAAUCAUGGCAUGGUUGUAACCCUGACAUCCUAUGCGAGCUGGUUGACAAUUCCUAACCUUGUAGAUUAUGGUGCUUCAAAAGCAGCUGCUUUAGCUUUCCACGAAGGCUUGACUGCUGAGUUGACCACCAUAUAUAAUGCGCCCAAGGUCAGGACUGUUAUCGUCCAUCCAGGUCCCACCAAUACUGCUCUUUUCAAGGGAUACUACCAAAACACUGACUUCUUGAUGCCACCACUUGCACCCGAGUCAGUGGCCGAUGCAGUAGUUAGGCAGGUUCUCACAGGGCGUAGUGGGCAUGUUGUGAUUCCUGGCACAGGCACCAUUCUGGCUGCUUUACGUAUGCAACCGGACUGGUAUGCAAUUCCCGUGAGAGCUAAGGCAGAGGCAUAUAUGAAGAAUUUCAGUGGUCGUCAAGUCAUUGAGGAUGUGGAUACUACCAUUGAGAACGAUGGUCAAGAGAAGGAAGCCGACGGAAAUGCAACCGCAAGUACGGUUUUGGUGUCUUAA